AUGGGAAGCGAUGUGCGAGACGAAGUGCCGGAACCGAUUGUAAAGGCUUGGCCGACCAAGCCUGAGAUCGUUGAACCUUCAGUGCUGGUUUGCCCGAUCACGCAGACGAUGUACCGUGACCCGGUCUUCGUUCCUGAGAGUGGCAACACCUACGAACGUCAUGCGCUGGAGCAGUACUGGGAGACCUGCGUGCCGCCGCGGGACCCCUUGACCAACACCGCGCUGCAGCAGCGGACGGUCUACACGAACUGGGGAAUCCGAAGGGAGGUUCAAGGCUUCCUGGAGCAGCACCCGAGCUAUUUGCCCCAGGGCUGGGAGACGAGAGCCGUCCCCCGGCUCGCAGAAAAAGCGCCCACCAGCUCCCGGCCGCCCCGCGGGCCAAGGCUUAAGAGGACUUGCCUUUGCGUCCUCACUGUCGUGGGCUCACUAGCAGUGGUGAUGCACCAAGUCUACGAGGAGUCCUUCUGGCCUCGCCUGUCGAUUGCCGAGGACCUCGCGGACCAGGGGCCCUACCUGAAGGUCCCCAAGGCCCGAAGGGCUUCAACGUUUAGGGAUUUGGGCUUCAGGGGUUUUGGGGGUUAG